CGUGUCUUGUUGUCGCGCAAUUUGACACAAUCAUGUGCCUUAAGCUGCCGCUGACGUUUGGAGGGUGUCAAUUUAACGGUCCAGCGAAGCUCACAUGGCACGCGCUCGGGAUGUUUUGGAGAAAAGCUGAACUUCGCCGAACCUUGACCGUGCGUGUGUGUGUGUGAGUGAGUUGGUAAAUUGUUAGAAAUUUCAUUACGACCUGCGCAAGGGUAAAAUGCAUGCGACAUACCCUCGAAACCGUUAGUACGGUGACGAUAGCUCAUCCGAACGGGUGUCUCAACCGAUCAUCAACGAUGGCCGACGGUUUGCUGCAUAGAUUCAGCACGAUCGGUAGUGUGAUCGGUAGUAGCAGCAGCACGAGCGUUCCCCCGAUGGAAACGGCCAGCAUCACGCAGCGCAUUCACCACGAGCCACCCGCCUUGCUGGCCAGUGGCAAGUAUCCCGUGUACGGUCCCGGCACCGGUCCCGAGCUGUACGAUGACGAGGCGAGCGAGUACUGGCACGGAACGGAGGGCAAUGGAGCGGGAGGAUUCUUCCCCAGCUUUCUGCCCUGGGGGCCGGCACCGCUGGGAGCACAUCCGGUUCCUCCACCGCUGCCACCACCUCCACCACCACCGCAACCACCGCCGGCAUUUCCACUGUAUCGGGGACCGUACGGGGGGGCUUUGUACAAAGGCCUACGCUUCAAGGGUGCGUCCGUGGCGGUGCUGACGCUGUUGGCUUUUCUGUUCUUUUUGAGCAUUCUACAGAACUACAUCCGUGACUACUCCACCACAUCGCAGCCGACCGUGAUUUUGCUGACCGCUGGAGCAACGAAAGAGAAUGCGCUCCAGAACGCAAUCUACCCGUACCGAGUGCGGCCGAAGAUAGGCCAGCGUGGCGAUGAACCGCCCCGAUUCGACGACGAGGACGAUGCGGACGCGAUCGAGGAAACAACCGACCAGGGCGACGGACCAUUCACCGGUGGAUAUCGGGCACGGAUCCGAAAGGGCACGGGACAACAUCGCCCUCAUCACAAAGGCAGCAGCGGUAGCAACAGCAAAGUGUCCCCGGGGAAUACCGCGACCGUACCGUCCAGUGCACCGUUUGGGGAUAUUUUCAAGGUAAACGGAUUGUGACUGUGUUUCAGUGCGCGCUGUUUCUGCUGCAGGCGUGCAGGAUGAUCUAAAUUGGCGGACAAAAGCUGAUCGAAACAUUUCGUUGGCCCGUAUCCGUGUUGUGGUCGUAGCUUUCGUAGUGAUGUUGUUUAUUUAUUAUCCCUCUUUUGGGUCCAAUAAAGGUAGCGUUUUAG